UGCCUUGACUUCAGAGAUGUAGCUGCUCUGGCUCCAGGACCAGCACCGCUGAGGAGGAAGCCAGGAGUAGAAAGAGAGAGUCUGCAGCAGCAGCAGCAGCAGCAGAGAGAGAGAAGAUGUGUGCAAGCCAUCAUCACUCAGGAAAACAGGGCAUCUGCCAAUUUGCCUCUUUUUGGAAGGGAAAAGAAGAAGAGCAGCUGAGAGGUUGAAAAAAACAGGCUCCAGGUUAGUCUUGAUGCAAGGAAGAAGAACCCAUCCAGGAAUGUGCUGAUAUCUUUUCCUCCUGUGAAUUCCUCCUGAACUGGUUAAGACUGCAGAGCGUGUGUCAUUUCCCAGCCUGAGGUAGUGGGACUUGCCAGCUGCCCCUGAAGACCAUGCCAGGGUUGUACUGCCUGCCAGCCUGGACUGCCCUUCCUCUGCAGAGUUCAUGCAUCAAGGCCUGUGCCAAUGGCUUUUCCCUGGGACUCACUGCCCAGCUUACGUACAUCAACCUGGAGCAGCAUCCUGUGGAUGGAGUAUUUGUUUACCCCUUGGAGGAGUCAGAAGUGAUCUCAGGCUUCGAAGCUGCGACAGGAAGCAGGACCUUCACUUUCCAGAUCCAGAACCGGCUCCGGAUGGAGGACUGCUGCCUUGACUGUAACGCCAGCUGGGACCAGCCACUCUGCUGCACAAACGGUCACUUGAUCCUCGACGAAGACUUGGCCCGUUCCACCUUCAUCAUCAGCACCGGCCCCAUUGAGCCCUUGGAGACCUUGAGGGUGGUGCUCAGCAGCAGCCAGGAGCUGGCCACUCUUCCCAACGGGGCGCUGCGGGUCCUCUUCCCGUCCGUCCUCAUGCCCUUCGUCCUUGCCGUCCCAGAAAGUGAAAGUGAGGCAAGAGGCUUGUGUGACGACAGGUUGGCUCUAUGCUCCACCAGUUGCUUUGGGUCUGCCAGCCUGAAGAGUGAGCAGUCGUUCCUCAUGCCUCCCAAGGAGACUGACGUCUUCAGGGGAGAGGUUUACAAUCCCUUUCCCUACGAGUUCACCUUUGAAAUGCUGGUUAAAGGACCCUGUUUGCUGGCAGGGCUGGAAAGCCCAUCCCAUGCUCUCCGGGCCGAUGCCAAUCCGUUUGCCAGCUCUGCCUCCACUAUAUGCAUUACGUUGGCAGAACGGCACCAAUGUGACCGGAACCUGGAGAUUCUCUUGUAUCCGUGUGAACCACACCAUCCGCACCUGAUCAUUGAAGAGGGUGCCAUGACCUAUCCUGAAUAUGAGACGCACAUCAGGAAUCGCAGGGAUUAUGCCCGCAUUGCCAAGAAAGACAGCGAUGGGGAGAGACAGGUGUCUUUUGUCCAGAAGAGGUUCCACAAAGACAUUUUCCACAAUCCUGUCCUGAUGCUGAAUUUCUGCCCCGAAAUGGGCAGCCUUUCCACUGAUUUCCAGAGCGUCACUCGGGAGAUGCUCUUCCUCAUUGACCGGAGUGGAAGCGCGAGCCAUCCCAGCCUUGAUGGGAUCAAGGAUGCUCUCUUGGUGGCUGUGAAAAGUCUCCCUUCUGGCACCUUGUUGAAUGUGGCUGGCUUUGGCUCCAGCAUCAAGCCUGUCUUCACCGCAAGCAAGCCCUGUAAUAGUGAGACCCUCAGGCUGGCCUGUGAAUACAUUCGGAGGCUGCGGGGAGACAUGGGGGCACCCAACCUCCUGGCUGCCCUGACCUGGAUUUUGGGGCAGCCUCUUCAUCGCGGGUACCCAAGGCAGCUCUUCCUCUUUAUGGACGGCAGCGUUGGAAACACAGGCAAAGUCAUCGAACUGGUCAGGAGGCAGGCAGCCUCCGUCAGGUGCUUUGCCUUUGGCUUUGGCGCUGGCUCCUGCCGCAGGCUCCUUCGGGGAUUGGCAAAAGUCAGCAGAGGCCGGGCUGAGUUCCUGAGUCCUGGGGAAAGGCUGCAGCCCAAGCUGAUCAGGUCUUUGAAGAAGGCCAUUGAGCCGGCCGUGAGCGACAUCACCAUCGACUGGUACGUGCCGGACACCAUGGAGGCCCUGCUGUCCCCAAACGAGAUUGCGGCCCUCUACCCAGGAGACCGUCUCAUCAGCUACUGCACCCUUUUCCACAUUGCCAGCUUCCGGGACAAGAAGCCAACAGGCAGAGAACAGAUGGGCCGGAGUCUCUCGAGGGGCUCCGCAGGUUCGGUGUUCCCGUCUCAGGAAGAGGCAAUGGGCCUGGAAGGAGCCCCUCUGCACCCCUCUGGGGAGAGCCAGGACAUCUGUAAAGCCCUCCACGAAAUUUCCCAUGAGAUCUCUUUGGAGUUUUCUGCUGGGGGCACUGAAGAGUCUGGGAAGAGUGGGGAUCUUGUGCCUGGAGGGGACAUCUGGAAACGGAUCUACCAUCCCUCCUACAUCCAGGAGCAGUAUGUGCUAACCCACUGCUCUGUCAGCACCGACCAGAGCCAGGGCCUCUUCUCCCAUAGCUCCACCAGCAGCGAAUCCACCGGCUCCAGAGACGUCCCUCCGGAGGGAGGCUCCUUUGCCCAGCCUCUGGAAAGCAGCUCUCAGCAGGGCCAGAAAAGUGUCUCCCUCUGCAGCUCCUCCACCAAAUCUGCUCCGCUGCCCCAGGGUCAGCCUGGUGCUGGGGCUAAGGUCACUGUGGCUGCAAGCUCUGAGGAGCUGGUAAGGAAGAAGAAGGUCCUGGCCCGAGCUGCCCUCUCUGGACGCAGUUUCUCUUCCCCGCACGGUGAGCUGGACGCCCAUCGGCUUCGCCGGGCCUUGGAGAAAGUGUCCCACAAGCGGAACCGGUCCGUGGAGGGAAAGCUGGACGCAAUGGAGCCUGAGCUGCAAAAGAUGCACAAGGGGGCUGCUGAUUCCAGCAGCUUGCUGUCGCCUGCCCACUUGGACUGGGACACACUUUUGGAGCCUCCGUACCUUUUCAGCCCGUCGCCAGCAGCCACUGAACCAGGGGAGUGCGAAGGCAGCUCCUGGGCACCCCUCCGGUGCCAGGUGGUCAUCCAUGCGCUCAGUGCAGGCAAGCCCGUCUCCUGGGAAGUGACCAUUGCGCUGGACUCCCUCCUCCUUGCCAAAGACGGCCAAGAGCCUUCCCAGCAGCAAGAGCAGAGCAAAGCCUGGGAUAAGCUGCUCCACCGCUUGACGGCUGGCUCCGUCAUCCGGGACAAUGAGAAUGUGGCCCAGAAAGAAGCUGAGCUGGAACAUGGUUUCUCCCGGCGAUUCCGCCUGAAGGCCCUGCAGUGCAGCAAGGCUUGCGCCACACCCUCCAUCUACACCUGCGUUGUGCCUGUGGACGCUUCCAAUCAGGAGACCUUGCCCUCGGCCCUUGAGGUCCGCAGCACAGAGGGCUUGUACGGCUACCAGCAAGGGUCCCGUUCGGUCAGCCAGCAUCACCGCAGUUACUCAGCCGGUCUGGGAAGGAGGCAAGACUCAGAGGACCUGGAGGACAUCCCUGUUUCUGCAGAACAAGAAGAAAUUCCUCCUUCUCCUAUCAGCAUCUCUUCUACUGCCCAUGAAAACCAAAACUGUCCUCCUGAUGGUGUUGAUUCCAGUCCAUCACCUGUCUCUGUAGGCUCUCAGAAGUCAAUAGAGAACUUUUUGGGCUCCAGAUUCAGCAUCAGCCGGCGACGAGGGCAAGGCCUGGUACUGCGCCCACAGUGUCUGACUCCCGAAAGUGAGCUCUCGUCUUGCAACAGUGCCAUCCAUGACUACCUCCCACUGAUGCAGCUGCAGCAAGCCCCAGGCAUGUUCCAGCUGACAGAGAGCUUUGCCGAGGUUGUUCAGAUCCCCCUGGACCGCUUGCGCCGGGCCUCUCCCUACGCCUCCCACCGGGCCAGCCUCAGCCCUGCCUCUAGCACUUCUCCUUGGGCGCUGAUAGCCAAGACCAGCCCAAAGCUGCCAACAAACCAACCAUCCCCGGAUGGCAGGGAAGAGGCCGUUGGGACAGGCAAGGAGGGGGCAAUGCAACCAUGCUCACCACGCUCGCAAAGCACUUGCUCCGAGGUGCUGAGUGCCGCCGUGUGGGCACAGGCGGACAGUGGCCGUGGUUCGGAGACAGAUGUCUGUGACCAUUCCCCAGACGCCUCAGAAGCCAGCCUCAGCCUCCCAGAGAUAGGCUUGGAGCCAGAAGAGGGCGACUUGGAGAGCAUGAGCUGGGCCACAGCUGUGGCGCUGGCCUGGCUGGAGCAUCGCUCCGCCGGGUUCUUCGUUGAGUGGGAGCUGCUAGCAGCCAAGGCCGAUGCCUGGCUGCGGGUACAGCAACUGCCGGAAGGGGUAGACGUUUCUGCCCUUAAAGGGGCGGCCCGCCAACUCUUCUUGCUGCUCCGCCACUGGGAUGAGAACAUCAAGCUGAACAUGCUGUGUUACAACCCAAACAACAUGUGAAGGCAAGGAGCAGGCGGGGGCUUUGGCUUCAAGGGUGCCAAUAAAGAGGCCUUCCUUCAGAGCCAGUAGCGUUGGCGUGGUCUUUUGGUCACCCCAUAUGUCUGCACAGGCUCUUAUUUUUCCUUAAGCAACAUCUGAAGACUGACUGUCAACUGCUAGACCUGGGCUGUUACAGAGAACCAGGACCAUUCUGCAGCUCUGAAACUCUAACCAAAUUUGUAAAUUUAAAAUGCAAAGAUGUGUGUGUGUAGGGUGUGAGCCAGUUUCCAACUGCCUUCCAUGGAAACUUAGAAUUCCUUUUCAAAAAGAUUGACGAUGUUUACCAAAUGACCAAAGCCACUUUGCCUGCUGCUGGCAAUCUGCUGUGUUUCAAGGGCACCAUUUUCGUAAGCUAAAUAGUGUCAAUGGAAGUUACUGAAUGGACUCCAAACAAGGUCUCUCCGAAUCCUCUACAAUGGGGAGGAGCAACACGAAAGAGUUCCUUAACAGACACCCAAUAUAAAGCUGGCUGCAUGUAGGAAGUUCAAACAGUCUGGAUAUAGGACAUUUUUUACCAUUUACUUAAUAUAAAUAUAUGAAGCUGCCUUAUAUUGAUUCAAACCAGUGCUCUGUCUCGCCCUAAAAUGCCCACUCCAUUUGACAACAGUUCUCAAAAGCUUUCCAAGUCCUGCCGUCCGAGAGCCAGCAGUGAACCUGGGUUCUUUUGCAUGCAAAGCAUGUGUGGACCAUUCUUACUCUUCAACACAUUUCAGGUCAGCUCAGAGAACUUUGUGCUUUGAAAACAAAACAGUCAGCUCCAUGAUUCCCAAAAAUAACCACAUUCCAGGAAUAGAAUAUACAAUUAGUAGAUGAAGCCAACAGGACUGCAUCCACUUACUCAGCAUAAGAAAUGUAGUUUUGUAGAGCUAGGUUUUUCAAAGACAGCAAUGCAAGCCUUUAGGGAGUAGGGAAUGAACAUAGAAAAGACAGGAAUGGUUUGCACUGAGAAUAGGAAAUACAACUACAUCCUGCCAUGAAAUAUUGCACUGUAAAAGUGCUCCUACUUGGAGUGCCAGCCACCCAGGCCUUCUUUCAGGAGGCUCCAUUUGUU